AUGACAUUUUCACAUUCGGAUACACGAAAACUUCUUUACCAAGAACUAGAAGAAUUGCGAAAACGAAGACUAGAUGCAAAAUUGAAAAGAAAAGAUUUCGGUUUCUUACCAGAUUUACACAAAAAAGUCGAAAAGCAAAAAAGUCUUUUUCGCCAAAGAACAAAAGAAAAAAUCUUCGACGACUUUUCCACCUCUGUCCAGCUUCUGGAAAAAUCACCAAAAUCUUCUUUCCCGGUCGAGUCUAUCAGGAAGCAAUUAGUGUACCUAGCUUGGUCUUUUGGAUCCAUUUGCUCGGGAGUCGAACAAGAAGAACCGAUUUUCCUACAGCAACGAUUUGAAAAACAUUUUCCGCACUCUUCAGAAGCUUCAUGGAGAUGGCUCUCUUUCCUCAACCGCGAUCAAGGUUUCUCGAGAAACAUCACAGAAAAAGACCACCAACUGCUUCUUGAAAGAUUUACCAAAAAACAAAUCAAAGGUCUGCAAAUGGACUCUCGAGAUCAAGGCCUUAUCCUUCGACAAAUGAAGCAAAGUAGAGCUGAAAGAAUGAGAGCGCUUGAGAAAAUGACGCAUCAACUGCAUAGAAAAUUUCAUAAAGAUCGUCAAUUUCAGAUGAUGAGGAUGACCGCUAGAAGAGUGACUAAAACAAAAGGCCAAGAAAUAAACCCACUGGAGACCUGGUUCUCAAAGUUCCUAAAGCGAUUCUCUAAUGAAGAAAAAGAAGAAAUUUUCAAACAAGAACUGAAGGUACUUAAAGCCAUCAAGCCGCCAUAUUUGGAUGAAAAACUUACUGACAGCUUCAUGCGAUUUUGUCACAGAGUUGACAGGUAUCUUCUUCAGGAUCCUGACAUGAUCGGAGCGCUCUAUUAUUUGAGCUCUAUUUUGAAGGUGAAAGGAGAUUUUAUCAAAUUUGUGCAAAUAACCAAUCAAUAA